GAGCAGACAGACAGAAGUGGACAAGCUUUGAUUCGGGGUAUCUAUGGCAUUUAAUUCUUCAAAUCACUCCAAAUGCCAUGACAUUGUUGUCGUGGAGUCUGGACAGCCCAUCACCUCUGCGGUCAUGUUCUCGGCCGGGGUCGUGGGAAACAUCGUGGCGCUGGUCCUGAUGGUGGUUCGGCGCAGGAUAACCAGUCCGUCUCUGUACCAGGUCCUGGUGACAGCGCUCCUCAUGACGGACCUGCUGGGCUCCAUCUCCGUCAGUCCUCUUGUAAUUACAGCUUAUGCUGGGAGGAAGACUUUGGUGGGGAUGAGUGCAGGAGGAGAGGUGUGCUCGUACUUUGGGUUCAACAUGACCUUCCUGAGCCUUUCCACGCUGACCUUCCUGUGCGUACUGGCUCUGGAGCGCUACCUCUCCAUAGGUCACCCUUACUUUUACGAGAGGCACAUGAUCAAGCGCGGGGGUUACAUCACUAUUGCUCUGGUCUACACGGGGAGCAUACUUUUCUGCGUCUUUCCCUUUCUGGGUUUUGGUAAAUACGUGCAGUACUGCCCGGGGACCUGGUGCUUCCUGGAGAUGAGCCACGAGGAUGGAAAAGAUAACAUUUACAUCGGAUUUUACGCAUCUUUCAUCCUCAUCGUCAUCUCCAGCACGGUGCUGUGUAACAUAUCUGUCAUUUUCCACUUGGUGGUAAUGUACAGGAGGCACAAAGCGCGCCGCAGCGGGGUGUCUGCGCACCCCCGGUACCGCAGGUCUCUGUCCAUGUCGGAGGAAGUGGAGCAUCUCCUGCCGCUGACUAUUAUCACUGCGGUCUUCAUCUGCUGCACCUUCCCCUUAGUGCUCAGAGUGUACAUAAAUAUCACAGGCUUCCAUGAAGAGCACCAUGAAGCUGACCUCCGUGCUCUCCGUUUGCUGUCGUUCCACUCCAUCAUCAACCCUUGGGUCUUCAUCAUUCUCCGCCCCUCCACUCUGAAAAUCAUCUGGAGGAAGUUGCGUAAACCGAAACCGCAGAAGUCCACAUUCAUGUGGGGGGAGAAUAUUGGUGUUCAGUCCAAACUAACUGGGGGGAAUCCUUGCUAUGCAGCUCCUGAAGCAGUAAAAUGAUGAUAGUGGAUGUGGGCAAGUUACACAAGGUCUCUCAGGUGGUGUAGUCUCAUAGUGCGGACUGGAGAAAGGCUUAGUUCCCUUAGUUAUGCUGCUAUAGGCCUAGACUCGGGGGAUUUCCCAUGCACUGAGCUCCUC